UUACACCCAUAGAGGAACCCAGUUUGCACUGAGCUGUUGUAAAAUCACUGCUGGUUCAGCAUCCACCACAACACACUGCUUAGUAGAAAAGCGUAUUUUGAUUUUCUCCUCUGAUUUGGAACACCUAAACAGGUAACUAGCUAACAUCACUAACAACUGAAUAAGCUCGAUAAAUGCUUGUUGUCACGUUAUUACGAGUGUGUUAGCUAGAUAGCAUUCGUUUGGUACUAACUAGCUAGCUAGCUGGGUAUGUUGGAUCAUGAAACGAUUCGAUGUCAAUAACGUUAGCUAGCUACCGUAUUUUGUAGAUAUGUAUGUGUUUGUAUAAUAACAAUGUGCCUACUAGCUAGUAAGAUAACUAGCUGUGUUACAUAAACAUCUGAACAGCAGCCAGCUAACGCUAGCUAGCUAACUUAGCUAACGUCAAGGCAAGUUAACAUAACGUUAGCUUUUGAUUUUCUCUUGCCAAGACAGCUAGCUAACUUAGCUGAAUCAGAGAGGUGCGGGGUGCUGCAGUAAUCUGACACCAGUGCGUCAUCGGCGCCCGGAACCAGUUGUUGUUGGGGAAGUUAACUGCCUUGCUCAAGGGCAGAUCGGCAGAUUUUUCCACAUUGCCGGCUUGGGGAUUCGAACCAGUUACCUUUUGGUUACUGGCCCAACACUCUACAGAGGCCUAACAAAUAAAACAUUCCUGUCUCAAUAUCUUAUUCCCUCUGUCCAUCCCUUUCUUCUCUUUCCCCACUCCUUCCUUCCUCCCCCUCCCUCCCUCCGUCUCUCUUUCCUCCCCUCCCUCCCCCUUCUCCCCACUACCGUCCCUCUCCCUUCUCCCCACUACCGUCCCUCUCCCCCCUCUCCCUCUUCAGGUACGCUGGAAUUUUCUGACACCCACUCGGACAUGUCCUAUGUCUUCAUUAACGACUCAUCGCAGACCUCCGUUCCCCUGCUGCAGGUAUAGUCCAACACAAGGGGGCCAAUCCCAAAUCGACCCCUAGACCCGACACCUUAUGCACUUGUGGAGACCCGAGAGGAUUUGACAGGAGUAAACAAUAUGGUAAUAGAUCCACUUGCUCACUGCAAAAGUGGAAGUUUCACCAUGUUGCUUAAACCUGUCAAAUCCUCUCAGAUCUCCGCACCUGCAUAGGGUGUAGGGUCUGGGGGUCGAUUUGGGAUUGGGCAACAGUGUAUUCACUUGGAACCAAACUGACGCAAACGGGACAAAAAACAGGGAGGGACCUAGCUACCUGAAUUAGUCCAAUAAGAAACUCUUGCUUCUGUUGCAAAACCUUUUCGGUUGCAAAACAUUUAGCUACGGUGUGCACUAAUGAAUACGCCCCCAGUCUUUGAAGUUGAUGGUUGCUACGGUUGUUAUAUCGAUUAGCCUAAUCAAAGUUGUUGUUUUAUAAACUGAAAAAUCUUUUUUUUUUUACCAGCAGAAUUCAAUAAAAGGUGUGCGUGCGAAAUAAACACAUGCUUUUUUAUCUGUUGUGGGGCGGAAAAGCUACACAUACUUUGAAUCAAAAUAAAUAAUCUAAAUUUCUAUCUCUGUCCAGCAAUGGAAAAUAUCUCUUAAAUUGGGAUGAAAAAUAUCACUAAAUUGGGGGUUUUAAAUGUUCAAUUCCCAAUUUUUCUGAAUCGAUACAGACACCAUCAAUUGACUAUUAUUAAUCUAACUCAUCCCGGGUCGUUAUUGUAGUAGGGCGAUUCCAACGUUAUGGACAUUACAUUUGCAUGCAAAAUCACAACUUUAAUGUCUCACAGAAUGGACAAACAAAAUAGAAAUUAAACUUUUGAUGUGUGUGUCUAUAGUACCCCUUGGGGGGAGUCUAAACCCCCAAAAAGCGGACUUCUAAAUAUUGGCAUGUUGGAGAAAUAAAGAAAAUAAUAAGCGUUAUAGAAGUAGUUUGUAAGUCUUAGGUCAAAACAUGGAUAGCCAUUUUGAAGGAAAGGCUUGGGUGAACACAAAAACUAUAAUUUAAAAAGAUUUCCAUGAUUACUUUAGGGAGCAAAAAUGACUUAUGGAUGUUACACCCUCCAUUAUGAGUCUGAAAAAAACAUAAGAAUCUUAAAGAUGUCUUGAUCAAAAUCUAUCAUAACACAUUUGUUUUUAAAAUGUUAGCAGAAGGCAUAGUACCUUAGGAUUGCAUAAUUACAGGUAGCCUGAAUAGUAGUUGAAUGUAGACACAAAUAUACUAUUUUCUUGUAUUACAAUUCUUCUGAAAUAUUGUAACAUAUUAUGCAAAUUAGACAAUAUACAUGUGCCUAUACUAGGCUUGGGCGAUACAUUUUAAAUUUUAGUCAUUUAGCAGACGCUCUUAUCCAGAGCGACUUACAGUUAGUGAGUGCAUACAUUUUAUUUUCAUACUGGCCCGCGGUAUACGGUUUAAACUGUAUAUUUCGAAACUAUAAGAAAUCUAAGAUUUGUCAAAUAAAUUCUAUCCAGCUCAGGGCUCCAGCUAUGUAUUUGGUUGGCUAACUUGCUAGCUAAGUGGCGAGAUGUCAAGAUCAAGCUUAUUGGUUACAGCACAGACAUUCAAUCCCCUCCUGGAUCAAGAUGCAUGUUGCCUAAAUUGUUUUGUGUGUCCCCCAAAAAUAAAUAAAUAAAUACACUGAACAAAAAUAUAAACGCAACAUGCAACAAUUUAAAGAUUUUACUGAGUUACAGUUCAUAUAAGGAAAUCAGUCAAUUUAAAUACAUUUAUUAGGCACUAAUCUAUGGAUUUCACAUGACUGGGAAUACAGAUAUGCAUCUGUUGGUCUUUAGAUACCUUUAAAAAAAAGUAGCGGCAUGGAUCAGAAAACCAGUCAGUAUCUGGUGUGACCACCAUUUGCCUCAUGCAAUACGACAUAUCUCCUUUGCAUAGAGUUGAUCAGGCUGAUGAAUGUUGUCCCACUCCUUUUCAAUGGCUGUGUGAAGUUGCUGGAUAUUGGCAGGAACUGGAACACGCUGUUGUACACGUCGAUCCAGAGCAUCCCAAACAUGCUCAAUGGGUGACAUGUCUGGUGAGUAUGCAGGCCAUGGAAGAACUGGGACAGCUUCAGCUUCCAGGAAUUGUGUACAGAUCCUUGUGACAUGGGGCCGUGCAUUAUCAUGCUGAAACAUAAGGUGAUGGUGGCGGAUGAAUGGCACGACAAUGGGCAUCAGGAUCUCAUCACGGUAUUUCUGUGCAUUCAAAUUGCCAUUGAUAAAACGCAACUGUGUUCAUUAUCCGUAGCUUAUGCCUGCCCAUCCAAUAACCCCACCAUGGGCCACUCUGUUCACAAUGUUGACAUCAGCAAACCACUCGCCCACACAAUGCCAUCUGCCCGGUACGGUUGAAACCGGGAUUAAUCCGUGAAGACCACACUUCUCCAGCGUUCCAGUGGCCAUCAAAGGUGAGCAUUUGGCCACUGAAGUCAAUUUACGAAGCCGAACUGCAGUCAGAUCCUGGUGAGAACGACGAGCACGCAGAUGAGCUUCUCUGGGACAGUGUCUGACAGUUUGUUCAGAAAUUGGGCUGGCGUGGUUACAUAUGGUCUGUGGUUGUCUGGCGUGGUUGCACAUGGUCUGUGGUUGUGAGGCCGGUUGGACGUACUGCCAAAUUCUCUAAAACGACGUUGAGGCAGCUUAUGGUAGAGAACUUAACAUUAAAUUCUCUGGCAACAGCUCUGGUGGACAUUUCUGCAGUCAGCAUACCAAUUGCACGCUCCCUUAAAACUUGUGUUGUGUGACAAAACUGCACAUUUUAGUGGCCUUUUAUUGUCCCCAGCACAAGGUGCACCUGUGUAAUGAUCAUGCUGUUUAAUCACCUUCUUGAUAUGCCACACCUGUCAGGUGGAUGGAUUAUCUUAGCAAAUUAGAAAUGUUCACUAACAGGGAUGUAAACACAUUUGUGCACAAAAUCAGAGAAAUAAGCUUUUUGUGCAUAUGGAAAAUUGGGAUCUUUUAUUUCAGCUCAUGAAACAUGGGACAAACACUUUACAUGUUGCGUUUAUAUUUUUGUUCAGUGUAUAUAUAUGAUUAUUAUAAAACACAUUUGAAAAAGUGCCCCUUGUGUGCACAUUCGGUAAUACCACAUACCCCGGUAUGGUACAGAAACGGUAUGAUGGUAUGAAAAUCUGGAUACCGCCCAACGCUUGCCUAUACUGCCAACCCACUUUUCUGGACACUGGAGCACUGUCAGUAUAUUUUGGGGGGGGGGCUUUCAUUUGAAGAAAAAAAAAAAAAAACACUCCAGGACUAUUUACAGAUUGUUGAUAAACACUCUUCUCAUCUUUCUAUCUAAAUAGUACUGCCAUGUAUGACAAAUGCAUUUCAGAAUAUAUUUCCCAGGAAAAAUCUUAGAUCGAACACAUCAUUUUCAAGAUAUCAUCAAUUGCUUUUGUAUAAGUCUAAAGAAUACAUCCCAGAAGAAGCACACUUAAUGUGGUGAAUGCACAAGCUUCUGAAGCUAAGAUAUGAUACAUUAUUAUCCAUCACAUUCACAACGUUAUAGAUGUUACAGAUAUCAUAACGCUGAAAAAGGAUACUGACAAUGUAAAUAUAGACAAUGUAAAACCUUGAUGAAAGUUAGCUUUACAGAGAAAGGUUUUAAGAUGAUCCGAUGUAAGAUGCAUGUUUUACAAAAACCUUUCCUAAAAAAUGUUAUGCAUGUUAGAUGGCUAAUGAAAUUAAAACUUUAUUUGUGGAUGCUCAGGUUGACCUUCCCACAGAAUUGCCCGGUAGAGAAUGUGUUCUCAAUAACUUACCUGGUUAAAUAAAGGCAAAUCCCUGACUGCAGGCCUGCAUUGACGGGGACCUGCCUUUCGCCAAGCGGCUACUGGAGACGGGCUGUGACCCAAAUAUACGGGACAACCGGGGUCGUACGGGCCUGCACCUAGCAGCUGCCAGGGGGAACGUGGACAUCUGUUGGUUCCUCCAUAAAUUUGGGGCAGACCUCCUGGCUACAGACUACCAGGGUAACACAGCCCUGCACCUCUGUGGACACGUGGAUACCAUCCAGUUCCUGGUGUCCAACGGCCUCAAGAUAGAUAUCUGGUGAGAGAGGGGCUGGGGGUUGGAGUGAGGGCUAGUGACAGUGCCUUUUUUAGAGUGCUUGAAUGCUGAGAGUGGCUCAUGUCUAGAUAUACAUCUGGUGAGAAAGGGAUGGAGAGAGGGGUAAAGCUAGUGACAGCCUACACUCUGACAAAAGGUGCAUUAUCAUGGACCAUCCAAGACGCAUUAAACUAGCAAAUGUAACAACCCCCCCCAUUAUUCAGGGAAAUUGCCAUCCUGAACAUUAUUUUAAUUUAUCCCGUUUCUACUACAUGGUCCAUGGACUGAUGCAGGAUGGUAAAAGUAGGCUUAACAUGUGAAGGAAGCACCAGCACCUCUUCACAAUCUAACAUCCAAGCGUUCUCUUUGGUUCUCUCAGUAACCACAACGGGUCAACUCCACUGGUACUGGCCAAGAGGCGCGGGGUGAAUAAGGACGCUAUCCGUCUGCUGGAGGGCCUGGAGGAGCAGGAAGUUAAAGGAUUCAACAGAGGAGCCCACUCCAAACUGGAGACCAUGCAGAUGGCUGAGAGCGAGAGGUGAGGGAGGAGGAGAUGGGGGGAGGGGGGGGAAGGAGGUGGGGGGAGCCUCCAAGCUAGCAAUUCGGCGACGCGAGUGGAGACGUCAAGCUGCGGAGUGAGCUUUAUGAUACGAUCUUAACUCUGUUACACCCACUCUAAGCUGGAGACCAUGCCGAUGGCAGAGAUCAAAAAGGUGAGGAGGGGAGAGGGGGGGGACAGCGGAGCAUGAGGUGAAAGGGUUCCACAGGAGGUAAUUAUUGUGUUGUGUGUGUUGAAGUUCCGAUUUUCGAACACUCACAAGAGGGGGCGAGAGAAAAGAACAGAAGUACAGAAUAUAAAAUAUGAUUGAAUUUGCAUCACUAUGUAAUGAUAUUCAAACCUAUUUUCAAUGUCUCUCUCCGCUCCUCCAUCACUGUCUAUUUCAUUUACCACCAUCUCCCCCCCCUUUUCCCCCCCUCAGUGGGAUGGAAAGCCACUCCUAUCUACAGGAUCUAGAUCGUAUCGAAAUACACUGAGUAUGCAAAAUAUUAAGAACACCUGCUCUUUCCAUGACAGACUACGUGGAAGCUAUUGUCCCUUAUUGAUAUCACUUGUUAAAUCCACUUCAGUCAGUAUAGAUGAAGGUUAAUGAAGGCUUUCUAAGCCAUGAGACAAUUGAGACAUGGAUUGUUUAUGUGUACCAUUCAGAGGGUGAGUGGGCAAGACAAAGGUUUUAAUUGCCUUUGAACGGGGUAUGGUAGUAGGUGCCAGGCGUAUUGGUUUGUGUCAAGAACUGCAACACUGCUGGGUGUUUCUUGCUCAACAGUUUCCCAUGUGUAUCAAGAAUGGUCCAACACCCAAAGGACAUCCAGACAACUUGACACAACUGUGUGAAGCAUUGGAGUCAACAUGGGCCAGCAUCCCUUUGGAACGCUUUCGACGCCAUGUAGAGUCCAUGCACCGACGAAUUGAGGCUGUUCUGAGGGCAAAAUGGGGUGCAACUCAAUAUUAAGGUGUUCCUAAUGUUUGGAAUACUCAGUGUAUAUCAAGUUAUGUCAUGGUGGCAUUUAAGCUAACAAUGGGCUACUUCUUUCUCUCCCUGUCAGUGCGAUGGAGAGCCACUCCCUGCUCAACCCCAACCUCCAGAACAGUGAGGGGGUUCUGUCCAGUUUCAGGACCACCUGGCAGGAGUUUGUAGAGGACCUGGGCUUCUGGAGGGUAUGUAACGUGUUGCAUCUUCACAGAUGCAAGUGCAAGUUGUUGAAUGAAGCACUAAGGAGAUUGGACUUUUGUUCUGUGACAUGACGUGCAAACGUUGUUUGUCGGAUUGAUUAAGUUAGGCAUCUCCUGCAUAGCAUGGAAUAUUUGCCAGAUACAGGAAGUUACACCGUAAAAGUAAAACACGAUUGCAGUUGCCAGAUGUAGCCAAUAGGUGUCUUCAAAUGACCAUUCUGUAUAUAACCUGGUGUCUCAAUUUUGGUGAAACUCACAAUAAAGGAUGCAUUUCUAACUCGAUUACAGGUGCUGCUACUACUGGUGGUUAUCGCCCUGCUCUCCCUGGGCAUAGCUUACUACGUCAGCGGGGUGCUGCCCUUCUCCGCCAGCCAACUGGAGCUGGUACACUGAGGAAGGAGGAAGAGAGGGAUGGCGGUACUGGGUCACAGAUAAGAGGAAGGAGCGGAUAGAAAGAUGACAAGAAUGGAAGGUUUGGGGCGACAUGCAAGGAAGCACUGGGGUUAGAUUGGAAGGGGUGGGUGGAUGUGUUUUAAGUUUUAGAUUCACUCGCACACACAUACACACUAACAUAAUUCCAGCAAAACAUUCCCUUUCCAACCUUAGAGACUACUCUUACCUUAAUAAUCCAGUUGUCACCCAUUCUAGCAGAGGGCAAAGUCAUGCUUAUUCUCAUGUGAUGUCAUUGUGAUUGACAUGACUAGCCAGGGCUUGUUGUCCAUAUGUGAUGGUUAACAAUGAAGAGGUCGGGUGACUGGCUUUUACGUAGCUGGGCCACGUCCCAAUUAUCUCUCAUUCCUCCUAAAGUGUGCACUUGUUAACUUCCCUUCACUAAUUUGAAAGGAUAUGACUGGUACAGUGGGGAGAACAAGUAUUU